UUUGAUCAUUAAACAUUAUGUUAUUCACUUUUUUAUAAAUAGUCCCUAAAAUUUUGUAAAGAAAUACUUAUAAAAAAUCGCAAAUGAUAUGGGCGAAAUUGUUUUUCCCAUACAGAAUAAAUUAUCCCUACGUUCGUGCAACAUAAUGUUUGUAAAAAAAAAUAUACAAUUCUACAAUUCUACCGUUAAAACCCUACGCUCGCUCGUGCAACAUGAUGUUUUCAUCAUUAACUGCUAAAUAAAGAUAAUAAUCAAUAGUUUAUUCGUGUACAAUAUUGAAUAUCGAUAGUACAAUGAUAGUUUCGAAAAUUUUGUCAAACAUGCAUAUAUCUAAAUUUGCAGCGUAGCGAUAAAUUCGGUCGUUAUACUACAAAAAGAUUUAAGUUUUAUGAAAAUAUGUUUUACACUUUACAUUCUUUAAUUUUCACUUGAAUUAAAAUUUUAAUUACAUGUCAUUUUUUUUUCAAAAUAUUUAUUAUACAAUACGCUUGAAUGAAUUUUUUCCCAUCAGAUAUAUUUUGUAUUUUCAAUCACGUUACCAAAUUAGGUUGAUUUAUAUAAAUCACCAUUACCCUUUUAUUCUUUCAAACUUUUACCAUAUAUCUUAAAUAUUGAUGGGUUAACGUUAAAUUAUAGUACAUAUAACGUUAAGAUUAGAAAUCAAAAAAAUACUGACGUCAAUUGUAUUUUUCAUUUUUUAAUUUAAU